UCCCCCGAGGACUCACCGGCGGCGGUAAGUGGAGCGACCCGGCCCUAGCCCGCUCCGCUCCCCUGGCUCCCAGCCGCUCCGCCGGUGAGUGCUGGGGGGGGGGCGGUUCCCCCUGCCCCCCAAGGCUGGGAGCCAGGGGAGCAGAGCGGAGCAGGCCGGGGCCGGGUCGCUCCACUUACCGGCGCCCCGUGAGUUGCGGGGUCGGCCUGGCUGCCCUGCACUCAUCGGGCGGCAGGAAGUGCAGCGACCCGGCUCCGCUCCGCUCCGCUGGCUCGUGCGGGGGGGGUGGCUUCCCCCAAGCCAGCCCCCUCUCCGCCCCGGAGGCCUGGGGCCCCCCACAACCCCCCGCUAGGGACAGUCCUGGCCCCAGUGGCGGGGAACCCCUGGAGCAGAAUGUACAUUUACAAGAAUUCGCAGCUGCUGCAGCUGGUUUCGGCUGGUUUCUAAUUUCUACUACCUGCCAAGGACUCAAGCCCGGGAUUUCGGCUCUUCUUAACCCCCCAAAUCACUACCCUGCCCGGAGCUUCCCCUCCUCUGGUUUGGAGAAGCUACAGGGCUCCUGCGGGUUCUUUUUCAACAGCGAAGCGCCACGCCAAGGACCAGAGAGAGACUUAACAAAAAACACCCCCCCCCGGGUCCGCGCUCCGGGUCUUGAGUCUCCAUGAAUUCCAAAGAGUGACGCUCCACGGCCCCACCUCCUGCCGCUGGGGCGGGGCGGGGGGGGGGAGAGGAAGUGGUGAUAUAAUUAGCAUAUGCCAAUGCUAUUGGCUCGUUCCCGCGCUGUUUUACAUAGGCCCGCCUCUUCCCCCCCCCCCUCCCCACUCCCUUUUUCGGCUGGCUGGCUGGGUUUUGCGGUCUAGGGCUGCCUGCUUGUGCAGUGCAGGGACCGGCGGCGGCGAGAAGGGACCAUUUAAACACUUAUUUUUCCGGCGUUCUUCCGCCGCCCGGCUGGGAGCGGGGCUGCCCCGGUGCGCGGGCCGGGAAGAGGCUUUGGCAGGCACAGCAAAGUAGCGAGUGGGCUCUGUCUCGUCUUUCCAUUCCCCCUCUGGUUUCCUGCGGGUGCAGCAUGAAGUGCAGCUAUGGCAAGGCGAGGUAAGACAGUGGUGAGGACGCUGGAAGAUUUGACCCUGGAUUCUGGUUAUGGUGGUGCUGCGGACUCAGUCCGGUCCUCCAACUUGUCCCUGUGCUGUUCGGAUUCCCACCCGGUUUACCCCUAUGGAGGAAACGGCUGGCAGCAUCUAGCUGACUCCAUGCACAGUAGGCACAACAGCUUUGACACUGUCAACACGGUCCUGGUGGAAGACUCCGAGGUGCUGGACUGCUCGGGGCAGCAGUGCUCCAGGCUGCUGCCUGACCUUGAGGAGGUCCCCUGGACUCUGGAGGAGGUGGAGGCGCUGCUCCUGCUGCGGCAGCGGGAGCCCCGCGGGCCGGCGGCCAGCCCCGCCCGAGAUGCCCAGGCCAAGCUCUCCACCUUGGUCAGCCGGGCGCUGAUCCGGAUUGCCAAGGAGGCUCAGCGGCUGAGCCUGCGGUUUGCCAAGUGCACCAAGUACGAGAUCCAGAGCGCCAUGGAGAUCGUCCUGGACUGGACGCUGGCCUCCAGCUGCACGGCGGCCGCCCUGGGCGCCCUCUCCCUCUACAACAUGAGCAGCAGCGGCGGGGACCGCUUCAGCCGGGGCAAAUCCACCCGCUGCGGGCUCACCUUCUCGGUGGGCAAGUUCUACCGCUGGAUGGUGGACAGCCGGGUGGCCGUGCGCAUCCACGAGCACGCCGCCAUCUACCUGACCGCCUGCCUGGAGAGCCUCUUCCGAGACAUCUACGGGCGGGUGAUGGCGGGGGGCAGCGCCUCGGCCCACCCCCACCCCAACCGGGGCUCGGGCUCCGGCUCCGGCUCGGCCGCCGCCGCCGCUGGCGCGGAGAAGGACAAGGAGGGCGGCGGCGGCGGCGAAGCGCCCAAGUUUACGGUGGAGUCUCUGGAGCAGACCGUCAACAACGACGCGGAGCUGUGGGGCUUGCUGCAGCCCUACCAGCACCUCGUCUGCGGGAAGAACGCCGGCGGUGUUCUCUGCCUGCCAGACAGUCUGAACCUUCACAAAGACCAGCAAAGGUCAAAUAAGCCAGGUGAAGUACAGAUGUUUAGCCAAUCAGAGUUAAGGACCAUAGAGCAAUCCUUGCUCGCUACCCGGGUGGGAAGCAUUACCGAACUCAGUGAUCUGGUAUCUCGAGCAAUGCAUCACCUCCAACCACUCAACUCAAAGCAACACGGCAACGGCACUCCAAUGCACCAUAAGCAGGGAUCACUAUACUGGGAACCCGAGGCUUUGUACACUCUCUGUUAUUUUAUGCAUUGUCCACAGAUGGAAUGGGAAAACCCUAAUGUUGAGCCUUCAAAAGUCACACUGCAGAUUGAAAGGCCAUUCAUAGUGCUGCCACCCCUGAUGGAAUGGAUAAGGGUUGCUUUGGCUCAUGCAGGGCACCGUCGCAGUUUCUCUGUGGACAGUGAUGAUGUACGGCAAGCAGCAAGGCUCUUACUACCUGGAGUUGACUGUGAACCUCGACAGUUAAAAAUCGACGACUGCUUCUGUGCUUCUCGAAAACUGGAUGCAAUAGCCACAGAAGCUAAAUUCAAGCAGGAUCUGGGAUUCCGAAUGCUGAACUGCGGCCGAACGGAUCUAGUUAAACAGGCCAUAUCUUUGCUGGGGCCAGAUGGAAUUAACAGCAUGAGUGAACAGGGCAUGACUCCACUGAUGUAUGCUUGUGUCAGGGGUGAUGAGGCUAUGGUGCAGAUGCUACUAGAUGCUGGUGCAGAUUUGAAUGUUGAGGUUGUCAGUACUGCUCAUAAAUAUCCAUCCGUCCACCCCGAGACCCGCCAUUGGACAGCUCUGACAUUUGCUGUGUUGCAUGGACAUAUUCCUGUAGUUCAGCUGUUGCUGGAUGCUGGAGCAAAGGUAGAAGGUUCUUUAGAGCAUGGAGAGGAAAAUUACUCGGAAACUCCUUUGCAACUGGCAGCAGCUGCUGGAAAUUUUGAACUGGUGACUUUGCUGUUGGAGCGAGGCGCUGACCCCAUGAUAGGAACAAUGUACAGAAAUGGAAUUUCCAUGACUCCACAAGGUGACAUGAACUCUUUCAGUCAGGCUGCUGCACAUGGACACAGGAAUGUGUUUCGUAAGCUGCUUGCUCAGCCAGAGAAAGAGAAGAGUGAUAUUCUGUCCCUGGAGGAAAUACUGGCUGAGGGAACUGACUUGGCAGAUGCUGCACCAACUCCUUUGUGCGCCAGCCGCAACAGCAAGGCCAAACUGAAAGCACUGAAAGAAGCCAUGUACCACAGCGCCGAGCAUGGAUAUGUAGAUGUCACUAUUGACAUAAGGAGCAUAGGAGUUCCAUGGACACUACAUACAUGGUUGGAGUCUUUGCGAACUUCCUUUCAGCAGCACAGACGGCCUCUCAUCCAAUGCUUGUUAAAGGAAUUUAAAUCCAUUCAGGAGGAAGAGUACACUGAGGAGCUCAUCACACAUGGGUUGCCUUUAAUGUUUGAGAUACUGAAAGCAAGUAAGAAUGAAGUGAUAAGUCAGCAACUGUCUGUCAUUUUCACUCAUUGCUAUGGACCUUAUCCUAUUCCAAAGCUUGUUGAAAUCAAACGAAAGCAGACCUCUCGUUUAGAUCCCCAUUUUCUUAACAAUAAAGAGAUGUCAGAUGUUACAUUUCUGGUGGAAGGAAGACCAUUUUAUGCACAUCGAGUGUUACUAUUUACUGCAUCCCCAAGGUUUAAAGCACUGCUAUCUAGCAAACCCUCAGCUGAGAAUACUUGUAUUGAGAUCAGCUAUGUGAAGUACCCCAUAUUUCAGCUGGUUAUGCGGUAUCUUUACUAUGGCGGUGCAGAAUCACUCCUGAUUAAGAAUAAUGAAAUAAUGGAACUUCUCUCUGCUGCUAAAUUUUUCCAGCUUGAAGCUUUGCAACGACACUGUGAGAUCAUCUGUGCAAAAAGUAUAAACACAGAAAACUGUGUGGAUAUUUAUAACCAUGCCAAGUUUCUCGGAGUCACAGAACUGUCCUCCUAUUGUGAAGGCUACUUUCUAAAAAAUAUGAUGGUCCUCAUUGAAAAUGAAGCUUUCAAACAGCUGUUGUAUGACAAGAAUGGAGACACGUCUGGUCAGAAUGUACUACAAGACUUACAGAGGACGUUGGCGACACGGAUUCAGUCAAUUCAUUUGUCUUCUUCAAAGGGCUCCGUUGUAUAAAGUUGAGGAAGGAGAUCGCGCUCAGAAAAGACACUGCGAGUUAAGGCUCCUGUUGCAGUUGCUUAAAUUAACAUACAAAAUUCUACUUCACAUUGGAAUAUUUUUUGUUGUUGUUGGCCAAAGGUGCUGCUUUUAGGCUGCAGCCUCACUUAGAUGAGGGAAUACUGAACAUAUGGCUCCUACCCAUUUUUGAGAAACAAGGAUCUAGCACUAUUCUGUGAAUUACUGUUAUGUUCAGUUCCGAACGCAAAAGUGUGGUCUUGGAGCUAAUGCCAACAAAAGCCAGAACUCACCAAUGAACAGCAGAAGCCUCUGCCUGAACAAAGAUGCCAUGGACCACUUAAACUGACAAAAGGAUUAUUUAAGGUUAUUUUGCUCCACCGUGUUAUACAUUUAAGAACUGUACUGUACCUAUCCCAGAUUCCAUUCUACUGUGCAUUUAAGAAACGUAAGAUUUGUUAGUUGCUGUUUCAUAAGGGUCAACUGCAUUAGAGAGUUGGUAAGUCUGUUAUAAAUGAGGAAAUAUAUUGGCAAAUUUUUAGGGGUGGGAACUUUUUAAAAUUGUUCAUAACAAAUGGGGUGGCCUUGUAGUUUAAAAUCUAUUUCUUAAGCUUAAAAAUUCAUUUUUGACAGACUUGAGUUUGCGAAUCUAUGUAACAUGUUUUGUUUUUUAAAGGCACACUGUGUAAAUACUGUAUACAUUGAGCAGGUUUUGCUUGUAUUCUUUCCUAAGGUGGUAUAAUCUUGCCUAAAUGGUUAUGGUUACACCAAAGAGGUACAUUACCAAGACAAUAUCUAUUACAGUAAUUGGGGAAUAAAAAUCUGCAUGCUAAUUGUGAUUUGGGGUUAAAAACAAUAACAAACUCAACAUGCAUUUGCAUGGUAACUGUACCUGUGAAAUGUUAUGUUUGUGCUUUGUUUUGCCAAGACUGCUUGUCAAACUCCAUUUGUGAAAUUAGCAUAUUUACUUUUUUUUCUUGGUGCAAAUGGUUCCCACAGAGACUUGUUGGAAGAUGCUGAUAUCUGUUUGUUACAUGGAAGAGUUAAUAUCAGCCUUUAUUCUAGUAACGUGUCAAUAUUUCGCUACUGGCCAGAGAUAGUGUCUAAGGUAGACUUUUUAAAAUUAUUAUUAAAUAUGUACUAUAGAAUAAUUUCUUACUGUAUCUUCGGAAUGUAUAGGUUAUCUACAAUGGAGGUGUGCAAUGUCAGGGCUCAAUUUAUUUUGCAGCAUACUGUUAGCAAGAGAGAUCUGUUAAGUGCCACAAUUUUCCUGACAUCUUGUAUUUGAUGAUACCUUUCAUGAAUCGGUUGAUUUAAAACAUAGGGAAGAACUCAGUAAAGAGAAGGAGAAAGGCGCUACCUUUUCAGUGGCAAAAUUACAUGUAUUUCUUUUCUAGCAUGCUUUUUGAAACUGGGCCCGGUUCACAGAUUUUUAGAAGCUUUAAUUUGACAGUGCAUGGUAACUUCUUGGUCUUUUGUUAGAAUAUUUAUGUCCGGUGCUAUUCCAUGUUUAUAGCUUUUGGAAUGCUCAGAAAACACAGUCUUUGCAUUAGUUAUCACCAUGAUAGGAAACUGUUUUAUUGUUCUGAUCUGUAAAUCCUCCUGUAUGCUUGAUCAUUUUAAAGUCUAUACAAUAUCUGCAACAAAUUACAAAAUUGUCUCAACUACCAUUAAUGUCUCAGAGACACAGCAUGUCAGCCUAACAAUGAAUUAUCAGACAGUUUGUUUCUGCAUAUGAUAUGCCAUAUAAGAUGUUGUCUAGAACAUUUAGCUACUGGCGACUUACUUUUCUGUGAAUGUUGCAAUGCUAGAGAAGCAAGAACCUGAUAAAUGCAAUUGCAACUCUUGGGGGUGCUUAUAUUAUAGUUUGGUGUGCUUCCUCACUCACUGAAACCCAUUAUUCCAUAUUGGUAACAAUCUACAUAUAAAAACAAAUCUCACCCAGCAACUUAAUGUUAACUUCUCUGAAUAUAAAAUUAUAAUGCUCCAGAUUUUCACCCGGUAAUCAAGUAGGCCAAAUUUUACCCUCAGGUUCCCACAGAGCUCCCACUAAAGUCAUCAGACAUUGCAGACUUGUAUCCACCAGAAGAAUUCUUCUCAGUGGGAAAUAAAAACACAGGUAUAAAUUCAGCGAGGCAAUUUGGUGUCUAACAGGAUGAUAACCACUGCUUAUGUAGUAAUGACUUCAGGGCAUACAUUAAUAGCAGUCCAGGGCAUUGGUAAUGGGAUAUAGAGCCCUAUACCCCUGGGUUACUCAUUGGAAUGUUGAUGUUGACUGAUGUCACCAGCACAGAAAUCCACCGCAAUAGGUGUAACUUUCUUUGGCAGUGUCGGCAAAAAAAAUCAAAGACUGGAUGAGGAAGGGAGUCUUCUCUCCCGUCUCACCCUGAGAACUGGCUCCUCUAGGUUAGGACUGAGAUGAAUAAGAUGGGCUGUGUUGGUAAUCUUGAAGUGUCACUGACUUUGUGGUAUCUGUUCUGCUGCUAAACAGAGGACUUCACUUGCUCUAUCUGUAGUACAUCUUUCAUGAGCAUACAUUCACUAGAAGUAUUCUGUUAGGAACAAAGGGACAAAUUCUCCCUUCACUCUGUACACAGGGCUUACCAUAGACUAAAUGAGAAUUGUGUGAGCAUGCAAGGCAAAAUUAGACCCAAAACUAGUCGCACCGAAGCAUACCUGCCUCUAAACAAACGCAUUCCCUUUGCUUUUUCAGGGGCUCAUUAAUCUGGAACACUGAGCAUGAUCUAAUGCUUGGUGUUCCAGUGCAUAAGCCUUCAGAUUUAACUGACUGCUACCAUGGGAUUUGCUUUGCUGGUCUCAACUAAACAUGAACAGGAGAACAAGAUUAUAGAAGUCUAUGGGAUCAAAAAUGCUCCUGAAAGAGGAUUCUGGCUAUUGAUGGAUGUAGCAGUGUCUAUUGUUAUUAAAGCUAUUGUUAAUGGAUACAUUAGAGUACAUUGGACGAUUAUUGGUUUGCAUACACUGGUGGAAAGGCUCCUGGGAGGGCUUAUUAGGGCAGCAAAAACUGCAUGGUUUCCAUCACGGAGUUUCCUCAAUGUCCUUCAAUUGGAGGCAGAGUUCCCAGACUCAAAUGAGCAGGGGGUACAGACCUGGGGUCCCAUUGAGCUCCACAAUGCACAGAUUCUGGAGUCCCUCUGAGUGCCUGAGCCGCAUCCAACCGGACCAGAACUGCUAUCAUUCCAUUUCAGUAGAAGCUUCUGUGGUGAAUUUCAUCCAAAAAAUACUUAGAAUGUGACUAUGAUGCCUAUAAGACAGCAUAUCCAUACAGCAAUCGUUAUUGUAGUGGUACAUAUCAGCAUCCUGUAGAAAGUGCUGUUAUUUCAUCCAUUUUGGGGGAAGAAUUCCCUCAAUCCUCCCCACCCAAGGAAUUUCAGAUGGUUGGGUGAACUGGAAAUUCUUCUUAAAACCCUUAGAAAAAGUGUAUACAUUUUUCAAUCAUAACUCGCACUCCCGCUUCCCUCUGCACAACCAUCUAGGGCUUUAUUUUCCCAUCUAGGUUUCUAUAAAGUCUCCCAUCACUGUGGUAUCGGGGCAUCUACAGGCACUUUGACCUUUCUCUGUUGCAAGUCCUGCCUUCUCCUUCUCUAGAAGAGACCCAAUCCUCUUAGCUCCCUUAAUUGCCCCACAGUCCCCAGAACACACCCACCUUGCCUAAUCUGUUGCCAGCUCCCGCACUCUCCCUCCCUGUUCUAGAACCAGGCUGGUUCCCUCCCUGACCCUGGCAGAUAUUAUCUCAACUAACCCAGCUCUCCCCUAUGGUUCAUUGCCCCCUAGUCAGCUUGAGAACUGGCAGAGGAGGUGGGCUGGGUGGAAACAUAUGAUAGGAAAGUUUUGGGGCAUCAGGGAGCAAGGUUAGUACUCUUUUCAGGGAAAACUCCAGAACCACCUCCCCAUUACUUAAAUCCUCCCUGUUCCACAGAUUGGAGAUCAUUCCUCACCCUUCCCAUCUUUUAGAAACAGAUGGCUUCCAAAUGUUUUCUACUCUAGAAAAUGGCCAGUUUCCUAAGGGAGCCUUUCUCCAGGCUAAAACUUUGCAUGCGAGUUCUUGGCUCACAAGUGAAUUGAUUGUGAAAAGUAUAUAAAUGUAUAUAUUCCAAGUGGUGCAUGUGGAAUUAGUGUAAAGCUUCCCACUGGCACUAUCAGUAGCUGCUCUGCUAAGUUUCCACCUGCCACUUUGUAAACUGACACGGUUCAUGUGGAAGAUCCACUGAUCGUUGGCUUCAUACCAAAAAUUGUACUAGUCCCUUUUGGAUGCAUUACAGUGUGUGGUGUGAUAGGGAGUUUUUCUGGAACCUCCAGUUCUGUGCCAAAAUGUACUGUGGUUUGAUGUUUGAAGAUUUUUUUUUCCCAGUGAUUUCAGCUCCCACUGAAAUGAGCUACAUUUCAAUGGUGCAGUAGUGAGAGAGAGAGAGCUGGCCUUUUCUUCAAAAACAAAAACCAAAUUAAGGGCCCACAGUCCUGCACACAAUACCAAGUGAAAUCAUUGGGACCUUUUUGUCGGUGUGUUACUGACAUAUGUACAGCUGUCAUUAAAGUGAAUGCAUUUAAAUUUAUAUACAAUAUUGAGAUUCAAGGUUUGGCUCAAGCCAUUUCCCUAUAUUAUUGACCACAGGCCAAAUGCUGAGGUGUGCAUAGUACCUGCAGCUUCCAUUGAAAUCAAUGCAAGUUGUAGAUACUCAGAGUCCCUCAGGAGUCAGCUCUAUGUUAAUAAUAAUAUUUACAUAGGACCAGAUCCUGAAGUCCAUAUGCAUCAAAGUUGGCACUGAAAUAAGUUGGUGUUCUGCAUGAAUAAGGGUGGAGUAAAAACUGAAUAAGAACUUUGGGAUAUGGCCUAUGGUGUCUUUCAUCUGAGAAUCUCAAAAUGUUUUACAAACAUUACCGGCCUGAUAUUGCUGCUCUUACUCCUGCUUAAUACCUUAUCCCAUAAAUAGUCCCACUGAAAUUAAUAGGACGAAGGAUGGAGUGUGGUAUUAAGCAAGGAGAGGGAGGGUGUCUGCAUCUAGCCUUUAAUAAAAAUCACAGUGUCUCUGUGAGAGAGAUAGUUAUUAUAUCCAUCUAACAUACUGGUAACUCAAGACAUAAGCAGGUUAAGCGAUUUGCCCAACUCAGUGUGAAAUCUAGAGUAUUGCCCUGCUGAUAUCGGCUAUUGUAACCAUUCGUGGGGAGCUGUAUUCUCAUUUCUAAUAUGCAUGCACUCCUCCCAUUGACUGGAUAGUUGAGCUCUAGCAAAUGUUAACUUUUCUAUAUCAGUAUAAAUGUCUGCAUUGCAUCUGAGAGAGUGAAUUUGUCUGAACACCUUUGGCUGGUGGCUGACCUUGGCCAUUCAACUUCCCAUUGUUUCUGCUGCUGUGUUUUCAUUAAAACUUCGAUUACCUUUUCCACUCACUGCGGUUAUAGAUGAUUUUUUCUUAUCACAUUUCUGAAGCAAACAAAGAAAACAAUCUGAUAUAUCAAAGCAGAAACAAUUCAUGUUUAAAAAUAAGGCAAGUUAGAAAACAGGAACACUCAGCCAUACAAGGAUGUGACCUUUAUAAAACAGUCACAUUAGAAAACAGCUCAUUUUUUAAAUGGUCAACUUCAACAAGAUAUCAUGAGGGCCACAGCCAUAACACCUCAGCCAUGCAGGCAGGGAUGGCUUAGUGAUCUAAGAUUCAAAUUAACUAGAGUCCUUCAUGCCACAUAAUCAAAUCCCAGCAUUGACUGACCCUUUCAUCACCCUAUGGUGGAUAAAUUCAAUACCAUCUAGUUUACUGUUGGGGGGGAAGAGGUAUCAUUCAGGUGAGACCUUAUAAAGUCUGAUCCUGUCUGCUCUACAUGACCUUUAAACAGCACAUACAUAGCGCUCCAAGUGCAGGGAUUUGCCCUAUUAUCCUUAAUUGAAAGUUCCCCUUUCCCCUGUUCUUGUGCAGUGAGCUGUGUGCCAGUUGGAUGCUGCCCCAUGCCCCAGUGGUGGCUGGGUUUCAAUAGUGCAGUAGGGCUCUAAAUCAUGAAGCGCUUUGAGAGUCUUCAGAAUGAACAGUGCUACAUAAAAGUAAAAUAAUUCAUCAUAUCAGAGAGCCCAAGCUAAGUACAGUCAAGGCUGGCUAGACCUUCAGUAAAACAUAUGCUUCAGAAGGCAGUGCUGGGGUGGGUCAGAAAGUGGCUUUUCCCCUCUUGAGUCCCUGAACCAAUGCCCUAGCCUGGUGUUUGGGAGCACUGUGCUAUGGGUGGUGACAUCUUUCAGAUGAAUCGGAAAGCUGAGGUCCUGACCCCCUGUGGUCAUUAAAGAACUGAUGGCACAUUACACAAGAGUAGGUUAGAUUUGUCAACCUCAGGGUCUUGGCCAAACUCCAAUUUAGUAAUUAUAUUGUGCCUACCAAAAUUCCUCUUAUGUAUUUCAAGUAGGUAUAUUACUCACUUCCUGUCCUAAAUUUCUGUGUACUGUUGAAGUGUGCUGUUGUAAGCACCUGCCUUUCACCCUAGCAUUUGCUUGUAUGUCAGUGGUAGAUGAAGAAAUUUGUGUGUAAGAGAGAGUUAUGCAUAUAAUAAGUCAAAUUCCCACCCUAUGUUGCAUGGGUGCAACCACAUAGCAAAGUACGAUACUCUCCUAGUGCUCUUUUCAGCACUGUGUGGAGGGCCUGGCUAAUGUGUUUCCUGGUACUUUUCGGACCCAAGGUGAUGUAGUUGGGACCCUCCAUACUGUGUCCUGCAUCACACAAUAGAGAGGUCUGGAUCCUGCUAGUUUUAGAGCAGCAUUAUGGUGUUCUGAAAAGAGUUCCCCCAGCCUCUUUGCACUAAUGAGAUGGCUACUGGACUGUCCUUCAGUCCAGCUCAUCUGCAAGCCUUCCCCUUGUAAUAUUGCCUGCACAGAAUGAGUCUACUCAGAGCAAGAUCUUGACUCUGUAAAGCAUUUUAGGACCCUCUGGGACAAAAGAUGCUUUAUAAAAUGAGAUAUUCUGUAUCUGAACAGUUCAUGUUCUGCGUCUUCUGUUUUUUACAUGUGAAAUGUUUUUGUUUUAUUUGUGUGUGUGUGUGUGUGUGUGUGUGUGUGUGAGUGUGAGAGAGAGAGAGAGAGAGAGAGUAUAUACAUUUAUUCUAUAUCUUAUGAGAUGUGAAAUCAUGUCUGUAAUGAGGUCUCUUGUUAAUGUCCGUCAGCCUUCCCUGAUGCUAAGGGUUCGGCAGUAUGCAUUAGUGAAUUGAAUAGCUAAACCUCCACUUGCCCAAAAGGGUUUACCUUUGUACAUAGGUUAGCAUUUUUUAAUGUUUGAUAUAAGAUCAUUGAAAGUAAUUUGUAAUUUAGAUGAGGGGGAAAUGGGCAUUCUAGAAAAAAAAAAACCAAUUCAAAUUAUAAUGUGGGGCCAUUCAUAAAACAAACCAAAAGGUUUGGUGCAACACCCAUUGAAGUCCAGUAGAUGGGCCCCAUUUUUAGCUCUUAUUCAGACGUUAAACAAUUUGCCAUGAAUCUGCUCUAUGUGAAUCUGAAGUGUAGAUCAUGUUGCACCUAAGCAGAAAAGUAAAACACAUGUAUGUAAUUAGGUACCAGUGUCUAUGUGCUUAAGUAGGGAAAGAUACCUCCCCAUCCAUCUCCAUCUCUGAAGACCUGUCAUUGUGUUUUUCUAUUUACCUCAGAAAAUAGCAGAUGAAAGAAUCCCAACACCAAUGCUUUGGUGACCCAGAAGUGCUAGCACUGUACAUGAGACACGCUUGCUUGCUUCCUUCAUCCUUGUCCAAGUCUAUCAGUUAUCUCUUUCAGAUUUCAGUAAAAGUUAUAUUUGUAAAGUUAUUAGGGAAAAAUGAAAACCAGAGAGAAAGCCAUGAUGGAAAAAAUUGCUUCCGAGAAUAAAACAGAACUGUAGCAUGAAGACUUCAGAUUACAAAAUCUGCAGCAAACCCUUCCUGCAGAAAAAAGAUAGCUUUUCGCUGUCAUCUUGUAAAACUAAUGAUGGUUUGAUUACUUGUUGGAGCUUUUUUAUUAGUAUUAUUAUUAUUUCUGUAUCUAGCACAGGAAGCUCUUAUAUGCCAUCUCUCAAUGAGGUUUCUAUGGAAAAGGGUUCUUUAUUGGGAAACAAAAAUCAGAUAAUAACAACCAGAUAAUACUAUCCAGAGCACAAGGAAGUGAUGUCCUACUUUAUGCAACCAUCAUUUAAGUACUGGCUUUUGGUUUAUAUAAGUGUUCUCGUUAUUUUAAAAUGAACAAUAUAGCUGGAACAUUUGUUUGCCCUUCUCAUUGUCCAUUUAAGCUUGUACAAACUGCAAAAUAGUAAAAGCCACUGCACAGAUAAUAGGGGAAUUGUGGAUGAUUUGAAGGAUUAAGCAAUAGUUUAGCUCAAUGGGUAAAAUUUUUGAAAGGGUCUGCUGAUUUAGGAGCUGAAAGGCCAUUUUUUAAAAGAUACUUAGGAGUCUACCUCUUAUUUGAAGUCAUUGGGACUUAGGCACUUUUGAAAAAUCUUCCCCAAUAUCAAAACUGUUCAGACAUUAAUUUUAUGGAGCAAGCUGUCUACACCCGGGAAAUUAAAAGUUAAGGAGAAUAAUCUACUUUUAACUCACGCUGUACUUAAUAUGAGAUACCAGCCUUAAUUUUAAAAGUAACCACUUUUGUCUAACUGUGUCACAACCUGAAUUCUGCUUUAAAAUAUUAUUUAAUUUCCUUGUUUUCUUUUUUAAAAAAAAGUUUAAAAAGAAGGUUUUUCUUUCAGCAUAAUGUGUUAAGUCUGCUAGAUCUUUAUGUGUUCAAUCAUAUAAUGAGAUCCUUAGCAUGUUAUCAAUGCUAAAAUGUCUUAGGAAAAUUUCUGAAAACAUGUUCACUGAGUGCACCUUAGAAUAUUUUAACCCCCGAUCUCUGAUGUUAAGUCUUUUAAAAUCUCCAGUGAGAUUAGGAUUCAUGUCUUGCCAAAUGUCAUUUUGUAAAUCCAGUGUUAACAUUGUACAAAUACAAACCAGCAUUUGAAACUAGCAAGGAUUUUUUUUAUUUAAUCUGGUUAGCCAGCUCUUCUUUUCAAGUGUAAAAUAAUUUGCUUUUAGUUUGCGACUAUGUAUACAAAGCUUCUGCAUGAAUUGUUAUAACCAAGUUAAGAAAUGGGGGAAGCUGGGUUUAGAGAGAAAUUUAACUACAGUAGUGCAAAAGGUACACUUAUUUUAGGGCUUAAGCUAACUCCCACUCACAGCAAUAGGAAUCCUUCCAUUGACUUCAGUGGGAGUUGGAUCAGGCCUAAAGCAGUUUGUCGUAGCCUUUUUGAUACCAGGGACUGGCUUGCUGCCUUCCUAAACUGCGUCAUGGAGAUCUCAGGGACUGGCGCCGGCCCAUGGACUGGUCAUUGAGAAACACUGUGCUAAAGGAUAUGAUCUCCUCUCUCCCCAUAUUCAGAACUGUGGUUGGUAUCAAUGAGAGGCUCCCAUAAGGACUGAAGGGAAAAUAUGCCCUGAAGGCCCAAUCCUAUCGUCCUUGUGCAUAUUGGCCCUAAUUCAGCAAAGGCGCUUAAUUAAGCAUGUACUUAACAUGUGUGACUUUAAGCAUCCCUUUCCAGCAAAAUACUUAAGCAUUUGUUGAUUUCAAUGGUACUUAAGCAUGUGUUUAAAAUUAAAGUUAGGCAUAUACUUAAGAGUUUUGCUAAACAGAGAUGGGAUUACUCAUGUACGUUAGUGCCCUGAUGAUUCAGGGCAUUCAAACUUCCAGUGAUUUCGCUGGAAGCAUCACACAUUUACAGGCUGCAGAAUCAGGCUCAAGUAUGGGUGUGAAGCAUUUUUAUGAAUUGGACCUGCCUGAGAAAACAAUGGCAAUUUUAAUUACAGGAGCUGACAUUCCAUUAACAUCCGUUUAGCUAGCAGGGUUAAUAUGUAAUAUUUACUAUAAUUACAUUUCAUCUUUUUUUUUAAAUUCCUCUCUUUGAGGCAGCACCUGAGUCCAGCAAGUAUGAAAUAAUGCCAAAGAACUUUAAAUACUUGCCCAUAUGGCCAAACCCUGCUAACUUGCCCAAACAGAAGUAGUCCCAUCAAAAUUAAGGAGAGCAUGAUUUGGCCCAUGGACUGUACAAAUUUACUGAUGUGUGAACACAAGUCCCAAUUCAGUUCAGUAACACUGAUUACUUCCUGGAAAAAAACACAUCCUGCCAAUUCACCCUGGUUGUAAAUGAAUUGAAGUCAAAGGAGUUAUAGCAGAGAUCAAUUUAGCUCGCUGGGUGCCGUCCAGAAUGUAAGCAAAACUCCCAGUGAAGUCAGUAGGUGUUUUCCUUUGUAAGGACUGCAUAAUUGGGGCCACAUAAUGAACUAUAUUUAUCAGACAGACAGACCAUUCUUGUGUAAACGCUGUUGGUAGCUUUGUGUAAAGGCCAAAUGAAACAAAACAAAAUCAAACUUCAUGGGAACACACCAGAGAAUAAUAAACUUGCACCUUGAUAGAAUAGCUUUAUUUGUGUAUAUUGUAUGUAAAUUUUAAACCAGAGAAUACCUGUCAUUCACUGUACGUAUCUGGUUACUUGGCUGGCAGUGCUGUGCACUGCUGUUUAGGAGCUUCAGGUUCUCUAGUUUUGGGUUUCCAAUUUUAAAGGUUGCUGGAGACCAAGCAUAUUAUCCUUGGGGCCAGUCAAAAAUAGGAGGGAUGAAGUGAUAGCCACCCGCUACAAAUGUGGUUAAGACUAUGGAUCAGGACUGAGGUUGGCUUUGGAGAAGGUUGCUUGCCCACACUCCUGGCCAGUGGAUAAGUCCCUCCUUCAUAGUCAUGUACAGUAAAAGGGAAGUUAUUGAGUUUCUGGUGGUCCACAUGGGUGGAGUAUACUCAAAAUCCUAUUUGAACCAGUCUUUAAUAGGGACCUGGUGUGGUAAGAAGGAACCCAUGAUUUAAUGUAACACAAAAAGGACCACAACAAAACAGUGUGUAUAUACCUAUCUAUCUCCUAAUGUCUCUGUAUUGAAUGGAUUUGAUCAUUUGUAAAAAACAAAAAAACAAACAAAAAAAAAACCUGAUUGCUCAUGUUGUGUUACUGCUUUGAAUUUCUUUGCAUGAACUCUGGCAUAUAAUUCUAUAAGGGAAAAUAUAUAUAUAUAUAUAUAUAUAUAUAUAUAUAUAUAUAUAUUAUAGCCUGCAAAAUAUUCUUCUUGGACAGCCAUGUUUUGUGCAAAUUGUAUAUUCUUGUUGUGAGCAAUAUUGGAAUAUGAACUUUUAUUAGUUGUUGGCAUUAAAAUAUGUUUUCAUUGAUA